AUGUCUCUGUUGCCAAGUCGCCCAAAGAACGAUCACGACGAAGCUCAUGGCGUAGAGCUUUUGGCUACCUCUAUAUCUUCAGCCACCAAAGAUCCACGAAUGUAUGUCGGGCUCAAGUCGCUCGGUCUCAGCGCAUUUAUCGCUUGGGCGCGCAAACCAGAGAACAAAAAGGUGGCAAUCCACAAAAGCCAACGCACGGCUGCAAUCAGAUGUCUCGUACAUCUAAUUCCCUUCUCAGUCGCCGUGGCUCUCCUCCGGCUCAACUUCACGUCAGCCCACUUUACUGGGGACAUCGGAUCCCCAGUGACGACCACACUGCAAUUUGCCGCCAAAGCUCAUGAAAUCAUGAUGGUUGCGUCGCUUGCUACAGCACUACUAUCACUCCUCUCCUUCCAUCUCAACCAGCCACGGGGACUUCCAUUCGGAGCUGCAUUUGCUAAUCUACAGGCUAUGCAAUUAACCUAUGUCGUCUCACCAGAGUUGCUAGGGACGCUACGGUCACGGCAAUUUACUUGGAAGUUUCGAUGCUACCUAUUCGUGGACCUCCUCGUCGCCCCAGUCCUAAUGGCGACCGUGGGACCGGCGAGUGCAACUUGCAUGAUUCCGCGCCUUCGCAGGUGGACUGUAGCCAGACACGAAUUCUUUACGACCUCCGCAGUUGACGAUUUCUUCCCAGUCGAUCUGGUUGGAUCCAGCUACCAACGAACAAAGGGGCCCUACGGCGACCAGGUUGGACCUCCAGUCGACCACGACUACAUCUCACUGCUAGAUGCACUGUCAAAUCAGACAACCAUAUCUGGGACCCAGAUGGGGCUCUGGAGGACUGAUGGAUUGGGUUUCUCACUCACGCUAACGAGGACGUCCGACUUGUACAUGUCUACAACGUCCAUCGAAAACAGUCUACUAGCUACCAUCCGUGGAGACCAAUACCGUCUCAACCCCGCCGAAGUAGAAGGAGCAAUGGACGCACGAUCAGUCGUACAUUGUACCAAUCUUCUUUUCCGCGACAUUUCCAACCAAACAGGAGAGCUGAAAUUCGAAUUUGGGCAACAAGAAGUCACAGGCAAUCUUCGCUCGGACGACAUACAAAGCAUUCACUCCCCACUCAACGCCUCAAAGGAUUCCCAUCUGUUCUUCGCAGACAUGCCAGAAACCACCAAUCUCGGCGGGGUCGUCGCACAAUACAUCUACCAUAAUCACACCAUCCUCACAUCCUGCGCAUUUCAAUUACAAUGGGUACCAACCAUCCUCGAGUACUCCCAAUUCACAAUGUCGAGUCGGCCAUCACCUCACCACUCCCAGGAGCGCAACGCCACGGCGAGCCGCAGCUGGCUCGACGCCAUCUCCUCCGAAAAGAUCAACGGCUCUUCGCCAUACGCCUAUCUCUUCGGACCGAUCGAACCCGAACAAUACAUCAACUUCACAAGCCGCACCCAGGAUCUCCUCCCGACGCUCCUAGCCGUCGCCCUGUCUCGAACAGCCCACCCCAUCGCCAGUGAGGAGGACUGGAACGCCCACAAAACAGCACAACCCGGCGGAACGACAUUCGUACUCAACUGGUUCGAGCAAGGCCCAGGCUGGGGUGCUGACUCCCUCGCCAUCCGCAUCUCUCUGGGUAUCUUACUCGCCUACUGCGUCGUCGCCGCUGGACAUACCUUGUACUCGAUCUAUACGGGCAUCUCGUCUACGGCGAGGGAUUCUAUCUCUGAGGUUGUGGCUUUGGGGCUGAAUUCGCCGACGCCGGCGGAGAUGGCGAAUACGUGUGCGGGGAUUAAGACGGCGGGGGUGUUUGAGCGGAGGGUGCGUGUCGCCAUCAUGGCUGAUGGGGAGGACGAGGUUGGCGCGGAAAGCAACGGUGCAGAUGGCGAUGAGGGAGCGGAGGGAGGAGGAACUCGCCUGGCCUUGCUGUUCCCCUCAGACGAGGACAAGAUCGCCUCGAAUGUGAAGGUCAACACUGUGAAGGUCAACACUGUAUAUUGA